AUGGCGGCUUCCGUUCCCUUCUUUCCCCGCUUUGGCAACUCGGCCAUGCCGGUUGGGAAGGAUGGGAACUGGAGUCGGACCCAUCUCUGGAAGCCACCCCAGAAAAGACAGAGGACUGUAGAAGACUUCAAUCAAUUCUGCACCUUUGUGCUGGCCUACGCAGGCUACAUUCCCUACCCAAAGGAGAAUGAGCCAUGGACAUACCGAGGCAACAGGAGCCCCCAGAACAGCACUGGAAGCACCCAAGACAGUGACAGUUGGGGAUCGUCCCAGUCCUGUGACUCUCAAGUGCUUUCAGAUGACGGAGGAAGCAGGAACACGGCCUACAAGGGGACAGGAGAGGCGCUGAACUGCCCUAACAUAACCGGUAGCUUUUGCACUGGUCGGCACCAGCAAACCAAGAAGAGAAAGCAGUCAUCAAAGAAACUGGGUGUGAACCAAGGGAUGGACAAGGGCUUGAUGCCCCUGAAGGACUAUGCGCAGAGAACGCUCGAGACUUGCGAGGAAGUGAAGGAGCUGGAAUCCUGUCUCCAAGAGCUGCCAUCCAGACCUCUCCUGGAGCAAACGGAGAAAGACUGUAUCCCUGGACUUUACGCUGAAGAGAAGACCGAGGAACAAGGGACAACGUGCAAAGAGGAGAGAACCAACUCUGCCUCUUGGGACGUGGUGGAGCAAAGCGCGGAAGAACCUGCCGGAGAAGCCCCUCAACUUAACAAUCUGCCUAAGGAGUUUACUGCAGCCUCAGACACUAAAACAGAUGAAGACGACGCUUGGGACCUAAUUACCUGCUUCUGCUUGAAGCCCUUUGCCGGGCGGCCCAUGAUCGAAUGCAACGAGUGCGCCACUUGGAUCCACCUCUCCUGCGCCAAGAUCCGCAAGUCCAACGUGCCCGAUGUCUUUAUCUGCCAGCGCUGCCGCGACGCGAAACAAGAGAUUCGCCGGUCCAACAGAGCCCGGACCGUGCCCCGCAAGCGCUUCUGCGAUUGA